AGUGCUGCUCUCGUUUUGGACAGGAUUCCUGCCUCCCACACCGCCCAAUCCCAGUCAGCCGCUGGACCUUCACUCUCCUGGAGCCCUCGGUGCUGUUCACUACUUCUCAUCAGCCCUCUGCGUCUGCUCCCAGCUUUCUCAUCAGCGUGCAGGAGACACUGCCCCAAAGUAGCCACCAUGGAGGCCAUCAAGAAGAAGAUGCAGAUGCUGAAGUUGGACAAGGAGAAUGCCAUUGACCGCGCCGAGCAGGCUGAAGUGGACAAGAAAGGAGCAGAGGACAAAUGCAAACAGCUAGAAGAGGAGCUUCUGGGUCUGCAAAAGAAACUGAAGGGUGUGGAGGAUGAGUUGGAUAAAUACUCAGAGUCACUGAAGGAUGCACAAGAGAAGCUGGAGCAGGCGGAGAAGAAAGCCACAGACGCAGAGGCUGAGGUGGCCUCCCUGAACAGACGUAUCCAGCUGGUUGAGGAGGAGUUGGACAGGGCCCAGGAGAGACUGGCCACCGCACUGCAGAAACUCGAGGAGGCAGAAAAAGCUGCAGAUGAGAGCGAGAGAGGAAUGAAGGUCAUUGAGAACAGAGCAACAAAAGAUGAGGAGAAAAUGGAGCUUCAGGAGAUGCAGCUGAAGGAGGCCAAACACAUUGCAGAGGAGGCUGACCGCAAAUAUGAAGAGGUGGCCCGUAAACUGGUCAUCCUUGAGGGUGACCUUGAGCGCUCUGAAGAGCGUGCUGAGGUGGCUGAGGCCAAAUCUGGUGACCUUGAGGAAGAGUUGAAAAAUGUCACCAACAACUUGAAGUCUUUGGAGGCCCAGGCAGAGAAGUACUCAACAAAAGAAGACAAAUAUGAGGAGGAAAUCAAAGUGCUCACUGAAAAGCUGAAAGAGGCUGAGACCCGUGCUGAGUUUGCAGAGAGGUCUGUGGCUAAACUUGAGAAGACCAUCGAUGAUUUGGAAGACGAGGUGUACGCUCAGAAGCUGAAGGGUAAAGCCCUCAGUGAGGAGCUGGAUCUGGCUCUCAACGACAUGACAACGCUUUAAAUGCACUGCCUCACCCUUUCUCCACCUGUGCCUUUUUCAUCGUCCUUGUUUCCUCAGUUCUUCUUUCUUUGGCGCUUCCUACAGCUGUCUCGACUGGGGUUUACUUACUGUCAUCCUCGCUUGUUUUUAAUUCCCUCCAUUCCACUAUUUAAUGCAGAUCUCAGUCUCAAUCAUCAAAUCAGUUUUCAGAUAAAACUGCAUACCCCAGGGAGCCGGUCUGGGUCCUACCUUUUUUUCUCGACUAUUUUUUGAGGUAGAAACACUGUGUUCUGUUUCAUUACCUUUCUGUUUAGAAGAUAUUUCUCUUCCUGAGCUUUGCCGGUUUGUCAGUGUUUACGCAUCUGCUUCAUUGUUCUGCUGGAACUUGUUCAGUAUUUGUUCUCUGUGUUUCUGUAGUGCUUUAUUUUCUCCCUCUGUAAUAAAAAGCAAAAACCCCUUAAUUUUCUUUUUUCCCCUCUUUAUUUUUCCACUCAAACACUAUUAAUGCUAUUCUGCAUGUUCAUUGCCAGUUUGUUUAUAGCUUUGGCUGGAAUUCAGAGUUUCACUGCCAAGAAUAUUAUGAUUUAUAUCUUUGUUAACUUAGACUUUAUGUCUUAUUUGUUAGGUUCAGCAGAGACAAGCCAAAUGUCUGUUAGUAAUUUUGGGAUGCAGUUGGUUAGAAAGAGAGAGAAACGGACAACGAUACAUGGAGAAUUAUGACUUAUAUGACUUGUAUUAUUUUUAUAGAUCCAUUUCCUCUGUUGUUUUCUUCCUUUUGUGGAAUGAACAUUGUUUUACUUUCACAUUUCAUGCUACUUUGAUUUCCAUUCAAAAUCCUAAAAAGCAGCAGCCUCUCUUUAAUUCCUAAAAAUGUAAUCUUUAAAGGAAGGAAAAGAAACAUCAUAGGAUUUUUAAUGGCUGCGGCUGUAGGAUAAGGUAAGUGUUAACAGUUGUAAUAAAAACAGGUCUAAGAAAUGAUGCCGUUUCCAUACCGUUCAUAUCUACUGGUGUAUAUGUAUACAUAUAUAUAUAUAUAUACACUACCGCUCAAAAGAUUGGGAUCACUUGCAUAUUUCAGCUUGAUUUCAGCUCCAGAGGAAGACUCCAUCAGCCAAUCCAACUUGUGGGAGAUGCUCCAGGAAUCAUGGAGUGAAAUCUCAUCAGAUUAUCUUGAAGAAUUGACCGCUAGAAUGCCCAGGCUGUAAUUGCUGCGAAAGGUGUUUUUUUUUUUUUGAUAAAAGUUUGAAGAAAACAUUCAUCAUUUCCAUCAAAAUCAUUAUUUCUAACUCUGACAUGUCAGCAUGUCCUGUUCUUUUGCUAUAUUUUCCUGUGUGUUUCCUUGGAAAACAAUAACAUUUUUGAGUGAUCUCAAACUUUUGAGCGGUAGUAUAUAUAUAUAUAUAUAUACAUAUGUGUGUUUGUUUGUUUGUUUUUACAGAUGUAGUGUAUAUAUUGAAAGAGAACAUUUUUCCCCAGAUUUGAUCUCCAGUAGUGCUGAGACCUUCUUUGCAAUGCCUUGUGCUUCUGACUGCACUAACCCCUCACUCCCUCUCUUCUGUACUGUCAUUUAUCUUUCUCUCUGUCCUGUCGGCUCUUCCUCUGUACCUGGCUGUCUGUGAUGCUGUGGAAACAGAUCUCUUGCAUAACUGUGGAGAAAAAACGCACUAAUGAGCUGAGAGUACUUCUUAAUGAGCUCAGCAGCUGAGCCUCUCCAGAUGAAAUUCUCUUCCUGUUCAAAAUUAUUCACCAUCAUGUUUUGGGAGGUAAUAAUGUGAACUCUAUUUUUCAGACUGCAGCAUGUAUAGUUAAUGAAUUGUGUUAUUUGGGCCAUAAACUGAAACGUUUGCAUAUCGUUCUCGGGGUAAAUAUCUUGUGGUGGAUUGUGGGUCAGCGUUGAAUCAGUACCUGCCAUAUAAUGAUCCAUUAUUUAACUAUGAAUGAUCUUCUAUAGUGCUGAGCGUGUAGAUGAGUAUGUUCUUCAUAUGUUUUCUUUUAUUAUGUACUGCUGACUUGGAAAUAUGAAACCAAACCGUAUGAAUGAAAAUCAAAUCUACAGCACCAGAAACAUUACACACAUAUAAACUAAUUUCUUAUGUGCACCAUCCAUGUAGCUGCACUUUGAUGCUGUUCACAGUUUGUCAGCCUCGCUUCACCUCAUCCAUCAUUAAAGCAGAAAGACAGUAUUAUUUCCAGUCAAAGCUACCUCUGAGGACAGACAUUUUAUCUUGAAUUGUGUAUGGAAUAAGUCAAGAAUAAUAAAUAAAACACAGCAGAGCAUGUUGUUGUAGUUAAAUAAUCAAUAGCAGGGUGGUGUGAUGUGAUCUAGGCAAAAUGUACUUCCUUUUAUCAUGUCUGAAGUUGGUUAUUUUCCAAUUACAGCACAACCAACAUGAUGUUUCCUCGUAAACAUCAAUUGACCAUAAUUACCAGUAAAACAAAAUAAUAUUUGAUUUAUUAAUAAAUUGCGCUGCUAUAAUAUCAUGCUUUUUGUAGUUAUAUUUUAUGUCAUGGAACAUCAACAAAGCAAAUUAUCAUUUCAAUUAUAGCAGCGAUAAACAGUCGCUCCUGCAACAGCAUCUUUCUUAAAGUUUAUAGGACAGAAAAAGCAGCUUGUCAUGUUGAGAAAAUCACACUGAGAAACCAGAAUGUGGAAAGUCCUGAGGACAUUUGUUUUGUGAACAAAAAAGUACUCACUGCUGACACUAGAGACUUUAUUUUUAUUUUUAUUAAGCAAAAAUGAUCAUCUCUAUAACAAAGCUUUAUCAGAUGCUUUUUUUGUUGAAUUAUAGCAAAUUUGUUUAUUAUUAUUAGGCUUAUAUUAUGUGGAACGUUCCUGUAGAUGAGUUGUUAUUAUAGAAAUAGAUCAUUAAUAUAAACCUGUGAACAUCACGUCAGAGUAAGUGCUGUGCCGAGACUGGAUCACCAAUCAAAUUAUAUCUCAGUAUUUACUCCAGUGGUUCUGUGGUCCAUUUCCCUGGCCUUUAGUGCUGUCGUCGUUUGCUCAGCACCCGAUCUCAGAAUCAUAACGAAAAUGAUUCCCAGCAGUACAUGGUUUUAUUAUUUUAUUAUAAUUUUAAAUCAAAGGAGCUUCAUCUCUUUCGAGGCCACAGUGACGAACAUAAAUGGAAUUUUUUAAAACCUCAAAGGAAAUAUUUGUCCAUUCUUUUUCUCUAUGACUUUGAAAUCUAGUCUGCUGUUUAUUAGUGUGAGUAACUGGAGCAUGGGAAAUUAGUUUAUAUGCUUCCAUCCUUCCCUUUAUGAGAUUACUAAUGCUUAUGUGAACUGGACCAAUGCUUAUAUACAAAGACAUGUUCUUAUUUUCGGGCUGUAAUUUUUUAUACUUUUUAGAAUGUUGUCAGUUACUGCUAAGAAUGUAACCCAAUGUUCAUGAGCUCAUAUUCCACUGACCACUGAGUUAUAUCGUUAAGAUUAAUCUACAACACCUUUUAAUUACUGUAGCUGUAAUGUUCCACUGUAGUUAGGUCUCUGCACAGGAGCAUCACAGACAUUUUGACAGCUGAUGUCUGAUUACAAACCUGAUUAGACGUAUGUCUGUUUGCUGUAACACAUAGCUGACAGUCACAGAGGAAGUCAUACUUAACAAGGAAGAUUUUAAACAUUUCCAGGCAAAUGACCUGCAUCUACCUUUGCAUUUGUUAUCCUUAGAUAGACAGCUAAACCUCAUUAGUCAGAAUUUGUGUUCAGUAUUAUCUGACGGCCAUCACACAUAUGUGAGAUUAUAUUUUGAUCAGAAGGAACAUUACUGAAACAUUUUCACCUUGUGCUAUUAAUUGUGCCUGGACAUUUUUGUCUAAUCUCCCCGGUGUGCUGGAGGCGCUGAGCCGAAACAGCCGCUGUCCUCUGAGACUGCUCCUUUGUGCUGCGUGAAACCUAAACCUCACCUGACAUUUCACUCACACAAACACACUACCCAGUCUCUGUGCUGAGAGAGGCCUCAGUCUCACCUCAUUUAGGGACCAACCAAAAGUCAGGAAUCUGCUUCUUGCUCAUGAUUGUGUAUGCCAAAUCAAACACAGUCACGUACUUCAACUGUCUACUGUAUUAAUGACUAAUGUAAACGUAAUGAGUGUUGCUUUUUUUAAUCAGUGGAGGAAUUGGACUUAUUGGUAUGUGUGGUGUAGCACUUGCUUUUUGUGCUGUGUUGUUAAAGUAGCUUCACUUUCUAAGAGUCUUGUUUCCUCACUUUGUCCUUUUUGUUUCCCUCUGCCAACAGAGAAACUAGCCCAGGCUAAAGAGGAGAACUUAGGCAUGCACCAAGUGCUGGACCAGACUCUAAUGGAGCUGAACAA